UAGUACUUGCACAAGGAGACAAAUCAUAGACUUCGUUUUUUCUUUAAAGUAGUAGAAAAUUCUUGAUGAAAAACACGGUCCAUUAUCACUUCUCCUGGGUUCUUAAGAAUGUUAUUAAGCAUCCCACUCAGAUUCUCAUUUCUUAUACUCUGUUGAUGCUUACAGUAAUGUUAAAUUGUAACUUAAUUGCAUUUCUUGUGCCAGUUUUUCUUUUACUUGAGGUUUUCCAGUGGGCUUUGGCUAAUUUUGUUGAAAAAUAUAGUGUGCCUGUGAUACUGUUGAAUACAGUAUCAGCAUUGCAUUGAAUUAGUCACCCACUGCAGAGCCGAUUGAUUGCUUGCUUUGGGGGGGACCCUCCCUACUUUGAGUGUGGAACAAUAUGGAGAAUCAGCCCUCUUUGUCCAGUUUAGCUUGGUAGUGCUCUAUACCAGCACAUAGGUGACCCCUCCAACUCUCCUCUUUUCUUUAACCUUCUCAGUUGGGCCCACUGUCUGUUAGAACUCAUGACAUCAUGUUUAGUGUCCUUCUCCCUUGUUUUGUUUGAGUAUGUUCUCAAGGAUCUUUCUAAGAAAAGAUAUGUGCCGAGUAAACAAUAUGAUUUCUUGUAUGGAUGAAGACAGUAGGACAAACUAAUGGAAUUAUCCUUCUGUAUCACCAUGGAAAUUUUUUUCCUGAAAAUCUUUCUCUUUUUUUAAUCUUAAAUAUCCAGUUGUCUGUCUAUGCAUGUCUUAUAGGCAUCUCAUAUAGUGUUUUGUUUUUUUUUUUUUUUUCCCUGAGAAAUGUUAGGCUGCCUACAUUCAUCCCAGGGGAAGGUUAUGGAAACUUUUGUAUACAAACCUAACAUUUCCUUUCCCUCUUCCCAGUUGCACUUUGUACUCUUCUUUCUGCAGUGCGUUCUGCGGUAAGCCCAGAGCUGCUUGUCUGAAUUUUUAUUUCAGGAGGCUCUCAGGAUGUCUUCGUCACAUUUUGCCAUUCGACACAGAAAAGAUUUAAGCACUGAAAUGAUUAGAACUAAAAUUGCUCAUAGGAAAUCACUGUCUCAGAAAGAAAACAGACAUAAGGAAUACGAACGAAAUCGACAUUUUGGUUUGAAAGAUGUCAACAUUCCAAACUGGGAAGGUAGAAUUCUCGUUGAAUUAGAUGAGUCAUCUCAAGCGCUUGUUCCAGAAAAGGCCAGUGCCAAGCCAAGAUCAAUGAAGACUGUCCUAGGAGAUCAACGAAAACAAAUGCUCCAGAAAUACAAAGAAGAAAAACAGCUUCAAAAAUUGAAAGAGCAGAGAGAGAAAGCUAAACGAGGAGUAUUUAAAGUGGGUCUUUAUAGACCUGAUAAGCCUGGUUUUCUUUCAUCAAACCAGAAUGUUAUGAAAGCUGAGUCAAAAAAGGCUAUUCCAUCUUCUAUGCGGAUUACGAGGUCAAAGGCAAAAGACCAAGCAGAGCAGACUAAGGUUAAUAAUGGGAAUAUUGUUCAAGUAAUCCGACCUGGUCAAAAGCAAACUUCUGAAAAGAAAAUGUUGGACAAAGAGAGAACAGUUGUGCAACCUGCAGUGCCGACAUCAGUGAGAAUGACUAGAUCAGCUACUCAAGCAGCAAAGCAGGUUGCCAGAACUGUCUCUUCUACCACAAGAAAGCCAGGUGCAAGAGCUGCUAAUGAUAAUGAACCAGAAAGAAAGGCACCAAGUAAAGGAAGACCUGCUAAAAAUACAGAACCACAUCCUGACAAGGUCAUUUAUUUUGAAGUUGAUAAUGAAGAAAACAUAUUGGAUUCACAAACUAGUACAGCAGAUGGAAUGGAUCCAGAUGGAGUCUUGUCAAAAAUGGAAAACUUACCUAAGACAAAUCUUGCAAAAACGAAAGGGAAAAUUUCCUUUGCACCUAAAGAUUUUAUGUUUCAGCCACUGGAUGGCUUAAAGACCUAUCAAGUAACACCUAUGACUCCCAGAAGUGCCAAUGCUUUCUUAACACCCAGCUGUACUUGGACUCCUUUAGAAACACAAGUUGAUAAAACUCAAGCAACAAAAGAAAUUUUGGAACAAAAACAUAGGAUAUACUCAACUAAGACUGUACAGCAAGAUUCAAAUAAAUUCCAGUGUCCUUUGGGUUCUGUAACAGUUUGGAAUGAAGAACAUGCCUUAAAUCAAAAUGAAGCUACUACUAAAAAUUCAAACAACCUUCCAAUAAAAGAAGUCCCAUCACUUGAAGUAAAUGAAGGUUACACGUCUCAGCCCCAGCAUGAUGUGCCAUAUUUCAGAAAUGUACUCCAAUCAGAAACUGAGAGAUUAACAUCACACUGCCUUGAGUGGGACAGAAAGCUUGAAUUGGAAAUUCCAGAAGAUGCUAAAGAUCUUAUUCGCACAGCAGUUGGUCAAACAAGACUCCUUAUGAAGGAAAGGUUCAAACAGUUUGAAGGAUUGGUAAAUGAUUGUGAAUUUAAACAAGGUGAAAAGGAGACAACCUGCACAGAUUUGGAUGGAUUUUGGGAUAUGGUUAGUUUUCAGAUAGAAGAUGUAAACCAAAAAUUCAAUAAUCUGACCAAACUUGAAGAAUCUGGGUGGCAAAACACUAACAGUAAUGCCAGCAAAAAUGUCUCUCGGAAAAAAACUGUCUCAAGACUAACUACUAAACCAAAACAGGAUGAUAGUGGAAAAAUUGCAGCCAGGAAUCGCCUAGCUGCCAUAAAAAAUGCAAUGAGAGAGCGACUUAAACAAGAAGAACUUGGUGAGGCAGCAGCUUCAGGAAUACCAAAGAAAGUUGAUACAAUUGUGUUUGAUGCUGGAUUUUUCAGAAUUGAGAGCCCUGUUAAAUCAUUCUCAGGACUUUCUGCCUCUUCAGAACGUCUUUCUCAAAGUCUGAGAACACCUAAGUCUGUCUGCAAAGCUGGGUCUCAGAGCAGGGCUGCGAUGGGCCUUCUGCCACAAGCUGCGUCACCGGAGAACACAGAUCCUCAGGAUGCCAGCAGAGAGCAUACUGAUGAGAAGACUGUAUGUUCAAAUAUUCCUGAAAGCAGAAACAAAAUAGUAGAAAAUUCUCAGUGUCCUGGAUUACAAGAUUUAAUUGAAGUAAACCAUGAUGUAAACAAGAUAAAUUUUGAGAUGGAUUGUUUGUCCAGAAUAAGUUUGUCUCUUCAUGUUGGUGAAAGAGCAGAUGAUAUUAAUACUAAGAACAAAGAAGAAAUUUCAGAUGUGGAAAGAAUGGAACUAAAUUCUUCAAUUAUAUCACAGGACAUUUUGAUGACUAGCCCUGAAAAAAAUAUGCCAUCAGUAAAUAACGUUUCACAAGAAGAAGAAACUAAAGUUUCUCACUCGGUACUAUAUGAUAAUAAAAGUCUAACUACUGAAUGCUACCUUCUUGAUUCACCAGGCCUGGACUGCGAUAAUCCAUCCACUCGGGUGGAGAGGAGACCUCUAGACCAUGGCAGACACGUUUCCUUUGGUGGUAACCUGAUUACCUUUUCACCGCUGAGGCCCCUCAGUGCAGAACAACCAGAAGAAUUUUGAAUUUAAAGUAAAUCUAAACAUUUUCCUUCAUGCUAUCAGUGCUGUGAUAUAUUCUUAGACAUUGGAACUUUGGAGAACAUGUAUUUGUGUUCAGUACUAUUUGAUUCACUUAUAGUAUCAUACAAUGGGUUAGUAUUCUGUGUUCCUCAGUGUGUUUUAGAUAUGUUAUUUAAGGGGCAUGGGAUAUUUUGUACAUUAACCAUGCAGAAUAAAGUGUUGUGCAUUGCCUCUUGUUCAAAACGUA